GAAGAGAGGUACACAAGAAGUUACACACUAGAAAGGCAGAAGUGAUUCCAAUGACAACACUGGCAGGCUACUUCAAUAAACAAUGCUACAGUAGACAGGAAGCACUAAUUAAACAGAAGUCAAAGUAAUUUGUCUGGCAAGAGUGUGAUGUUACUGACAGAAAAUGACAUUUUCUAAAAAUACAAGUGGAACUUUAGAUGGCAUCUCUGCUUCUUCAAAUGAAAGCAAGCUUAUAGCACUGGACAAGGGGAGCUCUGCAUCUCUCAACACAAUUCAAUCUUUUAAAUUAAAGGUAACUAGGGAGAUGGUUUCCUAUAGCUGACCUACUCCUAUUAAAAAGAGACAAGGUAGAGCAGCUUCCUCAAAUUCGUAUGUUCACAGUCAAAGUUUGUGGUGUUGGAACUAGAUAUCUUUAAGGUUCUUUGCAACCUAAGCCAUUCUAUGGAUAUUGAUUUCAAAACUAACUUUUUAGUCCUUUGGUACAAAGUUCAUGUCUAAUGCGUAAAUAUUCUAGUGUGUUUGUAGCUGUAGCAGAAAUGCUAAGUCAUGGUAUGUAGCAGUGAUUGAGCACCUGGUGGGAAGGCAGGGCCAACCCAGGAGAGCUCAGGUGCAUGUAAUGUACCUGAGUGAGCAGAAGGGGUGGAGCCAGGAUGCACCCCUUCGCAGAACUCAUUUAAGGGCUGGCAGGGAAGGCAAGAGCAUCUUUUGCAGCUCAUUCCUGUGUACCUGAGGCCAUUUGAAGGUAAGCAGCUUCUUUAUUUAUGUAUUCAUGGCUGCUGCAUUUGAGCAAAUUCUUACUCUCUGCAGCCUAGUAUCUUGCUGCUCUGCUGUCAUUGCUGCACUUCCCAUUGCAUUACAGCACAAUACAUGAUGGCAGCUAAUUAGCCUCUAAGUGGUAGUUGGUCAUCACUCCAAGCUAGCAUUUCUAACAGAAAAAAACUGAGGUUUUUUUGUUUUUGUUUUGCUUCCCAAACAGAAGGAAGUAUUUUGAGUUUACGACGCUUCCAGAAGUGUAGCAGAGUGAAUACUGUGCCUUUUAAACCGACCUUCUUAUUAGAACUUCAGGAAGAUGCUUAACAUGCUCAUUCUCAUUAUGAACUACUAGAACUAACAGCUCCUGCCAUGUCUUUGUGAACAAUAUGCAUCUAGUUGAAUUUGAUAACUGAGCUUUAUAUUCAGCUCUAAAAUAUCAUACAUACAGCAAAGGCUGUAAGAUCCAAGAGCUUGGGGAAAGAUUUUAAUACCCGUCAGAAGCACUGGGGAAUGCCUGGAUAGAGCUCAUGUAAUUAGCAUGCAUUUUGCUUCUAAAUGAAAAUAACUGAAAUAUCAGUCUGAGGUACUUGAUAUCUCCUACAGGAAACAAAUAAUGCUGCUUCCUUUAAAAAAGUACAUGAAGGUGACACUUCAUGUAAUCUGAGGACAUGAGAGGGGGGAAAAGCUCAAAGGAUAGUUUCCUGGAAACCUGUCUUCUAUGGAGUCAAUGAAGGAUGCUCAGCGUGUAUUCCAACACUGAGUUUUCUGCUUUUGAAACGCAUAGAACCACCAAGUCUCCGUCGCUAUCUGUGGAUCCGGCUCGCAGUGCAUCCCGUGCUCGUUCCACCAGCUCGGCGUGGUACCUACUCUGCAGAAUGCUCCAGAAGAGCAAUAUGGAUAAUGCAAAAUCUGUAUUACGAUUCAACAAUCUGUGGAACGCGCGUUUCAGACUGAGUGGAAAAUGCUGAAGCGCGGCUCCGCGGCUGUGCCUGGUGAAGCACAAGAGCUGAGGUGCCGGGCUGUGCUGGCACAGUCAGAGGCACUUUUCUGUGUGUUUGAGAAGCGUGUGCUGGAAGGAACCGUAUGAGGUGCUAAAGAACGGUGACUUGGCUCUCCUCUCGGUAAAUUCCAGACCGUUCAAACUCAUCUCCGUUGUUUGCCCAGGCUUUCUGCUGUUACAUUACCGAAGCUGCGAGGACUCAAAUUGCACAGCUCUCUUUUGAAAUGGGCUGCGUUGAUGUAGCAGCUGAUAGUGGUAGCCAGCAGCUCCCACAGGUGGUGACAAUUCAGCCCACAAACCAGCAGUCAAAUGAUGUUGGCUUACCAAGAAGCUGAGACUGUGCUAUCGGGCUGCUACAUGUUCCUUCUCCAUCCAACAUCUGAGGAGGCAAAGCUAGAACUAGUAGGCAAUACAUUUUUCACUACUGUCUCUUAACAGAACUGAGGAUGUUCUGUCUUUAUUGUGCCAAGCUUCCACUGUCAAGAACCAAUUCUACUCUGAAAUAACUUCAUAGACCAAAGUGACUUUGAAACACAAGUGAACAAGAAUUAAUAAUACGGUCCUCUGUAGCAUAAAUGCCAAGUCACAUCUUGAUCCAGUGACCGAGCACCUGGUGGGAAAGCAGGGCCAACCCAGGGGAGCUCAUGUGCAUGCAGUGUACCUGAGCGAGCAGAGAGGGUGGAGCCAGGAUCCACCCCUUCCUAGAGCUCGUGCAAAGGCAGCAGUGUGGAGGUGAGGGUGUUUUGCCUGAAAUCCUUGUGUACCUGAGGUCUUCUGAAGAGCGUAUGCAGACCAGCGAUCCAAACUGAGUCUUCUGUCGUGGUGCAUCUGAGAUGGCCAGCUGACCAAGUGUACCGCAAAUGAAUGGACAAAUUGUGUUUUCUACAUAAUUAGGUUCAGUAAUCCUUCUCCCCUCUCAGAACUGUGGAGGAGCAAGGUGGAGCCUUGUACUUCUGAGAAAGGAUAUAAAGCUGCUGGCGUUUGCCCAUCACAAGGAACAAGGACCUGCUCACAGGAAAAAAAAAAAAAAAAAGAAAAAAAAAGCAAAAUGAAGAAUCUCAGAGGAGCUGAAAACUGACUUUCUCUGAGGUGGAAAAAAAAAUAGUAGUUUACACCAUUUCAACAGAUCCCAAUUGCUCCAAGAAACAAAACAGAACACUUGAAGACUAGGAGGCUGGCUUGGGAUAGUGGAGGGCCUCGUAUUGGCUUCCUUGGUGGACUUCAUUUUCUUAAGCUGGGCAAUUUCUUUCAAGAACAUCUGUUACAGGAUUGAAAUGAAAGUGUUGCCUCAAGAAAUCAUUCAAAGCCCACCAUGGCAUCCCAGGUUUGAAGAACAAAUGAUUUGUCCGCCAUUAGGUUUUGCCAGGAUUCACUUGAUCAAAGACAAAGAUGGCAUAGAUGAUUAUUUGGCGAAGAAUAUCAAAGGGUUGUCAAAACAAGAAGCUGCGGCUAACAGGAAUUCAUACAAGGAGAACAUCUGCAUAGACAUGCUGCGACAGGGUUAUCACAAGUCCUUCUCCGAGCUCUUCACUCUGAUACAGAAGUGGAAUGCCUUGAGGGAGGCUGCAGGGCCUGGGUCAGCCAUAUGGCAGCGGCAGUCCCUGGAGGAGCAGCCUGAUAAGCUGGAUCAGCUUUACCACUUCCUGACCAGGGCUGAGGCAGCCCAGCGAGCAGGGAACUCUGAGGAAGUUUAUGAUAACCAGCUUAACGUGGCCUACUGCUUCGAUGACUCUGAGGAGAAACAGUUAAGGAAUUACUUUUAUGAACAAUGCUUUAACACUGCUCAACUAAUAAAAACUGAUGGUGGGAAAAGACAAGCGCAAGCACAUGCAUAUAUGGGCCUUAUCAAUGAGGAACAAGGUCAUGUCAUGAAGGCUGCUGAGCAUUAUGAAGCAUUUUACCAGCUAACAGAAGGUUCAACGUGGAAGGAUGAGACAGGCCACACUUACUAUUCACUGGCAUGUGAGCAUCUUUGGAGAAUUUAUAUAUUACAAGCAGACAAAAUGCUAGAAAACAAAGAACGACAGCAGGCCAUCAGAACAUUAAUAAAAGCUAUCAGAAUGGCAAAAAACGGAGGUGAUAAGAAGAUGGAAGGAGAAGCUGCAUAUUGCUUAAGUUUAGUGUAUCAUUUUGCUGGAGAAGAGAAGACAGCAUUAUCAAUUUUGAACACCUCUAUAAAAAUCUUCACAGCACUGUGUGAUUCUGCAGGCCUAAGAAGAGCAUAUGAAGCUAUAGACAAGAUCCUGGUAAGUCAGGGAAAGGUGGCUGAAAGUCUUGCGCGCUUGGAAGAGUUUAAGAAGGUUGCUGAGAAUGCUCAUCUAAGCCAAAGUGUGGUGGAUGCAUGUGUGUUGAUCGGGAACAUUUACAAUGAAAGAGGGAAUUACGACAAAGCUCUUGAAUAUUUCACUCAGGCUUUCGAGGCAGCAAACACUUUAAAUAAUUUGUCCUUAGCUAAUGAAACAAGGACUUACUGUGGCAUUGCAAAGGCUCAUAAACUGAUGGUGGCAUUUAACAGCCAUAUAGAAGCAGAAGAUCCCAUCAGCCUCAAGUACUUGCUGGCAUGGAAGGAGAACAGAAGCGACAUGUGCACUGACCCUCUCACAGUCGAGCUCGAUACAGAAACAAGCCCAUGUGAGCCUCCUCCAGAAACUAGCCCCGGUGAAUCUCUUCCAGAGACACAAAUUCCAGAUCAUUCCUGAGAACACCUGCUUACUUACAGCAAAGCUGAUAGAUGAACGUCGUGAGUUCAGGAAGAUCUCUGGAAACUCGGGCAACAAAGUAAGAACAUUGGUGGAAGUUUUGUUGUUUAAGUAAGAACACGUUGUAUAAAUACAUGUUAGCUCUAAGUCCCUAAACGACCGAUUAUGACAGUCAUAUGUGUGGCUCCGUGUCUAUAUAAAAAGUAGCUACUGUCACUGAAAUAAAUGCGAAAGGAAAGAGUAAGGUAGAGCAGUGUGCUUAUUGUUUGUGUCACUUACUGUCUUUCAGAGUGUUAAGAUACCAGGCAUCCUAUAUGCCUGAGAACCCAAGGUUCUCAGUAUGCCGGAAGAUCACUUUCUAGAUGUCUGGAUAUCUUCUUUUAAUCACAAAUUAUUGUUCCAUUCAGAUGAAAUAGACUCGAACCUUGAUGCCUUAUCAAUGGAGCUUCCUAUAAUUUUUAGCAUCUGUGCUUAACGAUUGUGGCUCAACCAUGUCCUGAAUAGAAUAGGCAACAGGUUCCACUAGUGACCCACAGAAGUCUGACUCCCAUGGUCUUCACAAGUGUCAGAGGUAUUUCUCAGCUGCUGUCACUGUUAGCCACAAGAGCAGUGAAGGGACAGAAGGUGGUGGCUAUUGCCUCGCAAAGUUCAUGGCAAAGCAGACUUAGGAACUUGCAGAUUUUAUUUAGGAAAACUGGUUCAAGCUUUUGUAAUUUCACAUAUUAGAAAACCUGUUCUUUGAAACUUCAUAAAUAUGAAUAAUUGACCUCUCCUAUCUUUAAACAGAGGUUUUCAGAGUCAGAGUUUGAAGCAAGCUCCAUUGGAUCUGUAGUCAUUUUCUGUGAUGGUCUUUAAGUAAGCAAUAGCUUUUGCCAUAGUAAUAACUCAAUUCAUUGGUUUUCUUCAGCGUUGCAAUCUGAGUAACUGGUUGACAUGUGACAAAAGGGUUUUGCCUCUAAAGGAGUGGGGAAAAAUAUACCAUUAUCUAGCUCACAUUUGACCAUUUUUGAUCGAUGUAAGCAUAAAUACCUAAUUAUAAUUUUAUUCUUUUACUUAGAGGUCUUCAUUGCCUAAAUACCAGGCUUAUUACAAGUUUUCAUUUAGAAUUUUUUCAGAAGGCUGAGAAUUUGUAUAGGAAUUUUCCUACAUACCUACACACAUGUAUAAACAUACAGAUAUGCUUAGUCAGUGUUUAAAAAAAUGAAACAGUUGAGGCAAGGAAGGAAAACAGGACCAUGAAAUAAACAUAAACAGUAGCAGUAUACAGUUUAGCCAUUAUAUUUUAAUCCUAUUGAUACAAAAAAAAAAAAACCAAAAA